AUCUUCCACCCGAGCUCCCUCCAUUCUCUCCCUCCCCCUCCCUACCUCCGCUCUGCUUUUUAUAUCUCUCCACGACCGCGAGGAGCAAAAGCAGCACUCCUGAAGCACCCGUCACCUUCUCCCACCCAAUCACCUGAGGAUCAAAAAGCACCUACAAAACUGGGAACUCUCUGACUGUUGAGAAGCACCACGGAGCAUCGAGCACCAGAGGAAGCCCUUUGGAGAACUUACCUGCCAAGGAACGACCAACACCCAAAGGACACUUAGGAAUAUCUAGCAUUUGAGUGCCAUUUACGUACUAUGUGCCUGUUACUUGAAUUGUAUAUGGCACUUUAGGAAUACUUUACCUGCACAAACUGCCAAAGAAUAUUUUGUGAAAUACCUGAAAAGUUCCCAAAGAAUACCUAGUACUCACCAAGCAUCUGAAAAAUCCCCUGAAUUCCCAGGAAUAUCAUCUUCCAAGGAUAAUGUAGGGUUUCAAUAACAAUCACACAUUAUGUGCCAGGAAAGAUGUAGUUUAGCAAAUCACAGACAUCACAAGAAUAAUUGGAAACAUCCUCCUACUUGUUAUUAUAAACUGGCAUCCACUACCCAUUGUCCACUAUGUCGUCUGCCCUCCUCUCCUCUAUCAUCUUGUUUCUCUUCCUCACCCUUUUCUCCCCUAAAACUUCAUUGUGCCAACAAGAUAUUGUUGUGCUGAAGCUUGCAGAUGGUGGCACCAGCAAACCUCAUCUCCUGCUGCCUCUUCAUGAUCAUAUAGACCCAGAGAUGCCAAUUGCUGCCCCACAAUUAAGUCUCAUGCACAAGGAGGAAGUGUCUGACAGUACACAAGAUGAGGAAGUUACCCAAGCAAGUAUAACCACACUCCCAAGUGGAAAAAGGUCUGUGCAACAAGAGACACAGACAGAGGAUGCCAGAGGAUCAAGUCCAGAUGCUGCUACAGGAGGUCAUCAGUCCACACAGAAACCUACAGAAUCUAGCCCAGAAGUGGGAACUACAACAGCUUCUAUGUUACCCACAGAGCUUCCAACCUGGACUCCAGAAAAGCCCACAACACUUCCGUCUUCCACAAACCCCUCUCUGAGUACAGUUACACCCGCACCACCCUCAUUGUGCCAUCAGGAAUGCCUGGCCGCCCUUGAUGCAAUCCGCCUCCAUCCUCAUACCAGCCUUACACUGAGGCAAGGGUCAGAGCUGACACUGCAGUGUGAAGUCCCACUGGCUCCUCCAGUCGUCAUGGAAAGUGUAGUGUGGCUCUACCAAUCUGAUGAUAUAGCCAAGGGACAGUGUGCCCUCACUCCAAAGGAUUUCAUUCCUGCAUGCCAGGGCUUCCAGACUAUCUCACACAUUAAUGACAGAAAUGCCACCUUAAUCAAGGAUACCAUUGGUGUGGGCAACCUGCAAGCAAACUACAGUGGCCAGUACAUGUGUCAGGUGCAAAUAACAUGCUGUCCUCAAAGUGACCAGGAGCACGUAAUGAACCAUGAGCUGAGUUCUCGUGUCACUGUGUGGUUGAGAGACUACACAAUAGACCUUGCCAUCACUGGGUCCCUUGCAGUGGGAUUGGUCCUUCUCCUCACUGCUGGCAGCAUCUAUCUAGCUCGGCAAAACCAUGGGGACUAUGUGGCUAUCACGGACAAAACGCUGGACGUAAAACCGAUGACAGUUCUCCACAUCCCUCUUGUCGAUGACCAAGACAAUGACAGUUUUGACAGUAAUUUUGAUGAGCAAGAAUGAAUAAUUAAAAUGUAUAUUAUAUAUUUAUAGGAAUGUAUACCUUAGAGCAGUCAUUAUGUAGUGAAAUAAAGUAUUAAAUGAUC